AUAAAAUUCAGUCUCAAUUUUGGGCUCGUUACAUAUUUUGCUUUUGUUAAUUCACGCGCGUUUAGCCUAUAAGUUGUUUUUCUUACUUUCUAAACUAAACAAUGCUGUGAAUCAAAUACCAUCAAUUGAGCUAGCUAAACAAUAUUUUGACAAAUUUUAAAUUAACGUGCGCCCUCACAUUUCGGAGCAUACACUUUCAAUUAUUUUUGUGAAGAACUUACUUUCGUUCAAUCAUCAAUUUUAUGGCGCUUGUGUACACAUCGUAGAGAAUUUUUUUAGCAAAUAUGGAGCAGAAUUCGAUGCUUUAUGGACUGGUCGAGAUUGACAAGCUGCGUCACGGCUGGGAGGCCAGAGAAUUUCCCAUACAGGUGCCCACAGCAAUUGUGCAGAGCGGACUGCUGCCAUCGAUCUUCGAUUGGCCGCUGCUGGGACAGCUAAUGCCGUCGGAGCAAACGGCGGGCAUCUCACUGCUGCAGGAGCGCAUCAACAACUUGGAGCUGUUAAACAAUCUAACGACAUCGCUGCAACGCAUUCAGAUACUGCCAGAGACAGAGCUGGGCGUUGACCUUGUCAUUGGACGGCCCAGCUACAAUGUGCUGGUGCGUGGCGAUGGCAGCAUUAUGGUCAACGAGCUGCCCAGCCUGCACAUUCAUGUGUUUGGCACCGAGACGCGAGCGGCCGCCGGACAGGAGUCCACGCUGGCCAUCCAGUGCGCUGCGGGCAUGGGAGAAGCAGCAGCAGCAGCAGCAGCCAAAGCCAAAGCCAAAGCUGAGCAGCCACUAACUGAGGUGCCACCCGCUGAGGCAAUAGCAGGCGGCGACAAGCAGCAGCAGCGACGCCAGCGUCGUCGUCAUCGUCAAUCACUCUGGCUGCGUAUUAGCAACUGGUUAAGCAAUCAUCUGCCGCGCCUGGAGCCCUUCAGUUAGGUUCAGACCCACACAACUGCAACACAUUCAUUCAUUCAUUACAAGAAACACGAGAACACUCAACUGCUUAACGAAUAAAUUGAAUGCGUGACGUAAAUUGUUUCCACUGCCCCC